AUGACAAAGUAGACAGUGACGUAUUUCCUGUAGCCCAAAUAUGUUGGUGAUCUCGGAGAAGAAAAGCAUCAAACUUUAACUGACGUCGUUACCGUGUGGGAGUAAAGCCCUGCCGGGAACACCGUGAUAUUAAAGCACCGAUAGAUUCGUUAAACUGUUCUCGUAAGAGUAGGGAACAUUAGUUUAGCUGGUCGAGGUGCCUUAGAAGAUACCGUUAUGGCAAAAGUACAAGUGUUAAAUGUUGCUGUGCUGGACAACCCGAGCUCAUUUGGAAAUCCAUUUCAGUUUGAAAUAACGUUUGAAUGCAUGGAGGAUUUACCUGAAGAUCUGGAGUGGAAGAUCAUCUAUGUGGGUUCUGCUGAGAGCGAGGAAUACGACCAGGUUCUGGACUCUGUCCUUGUUGGUCCGGUACCAGCUGGCAGACACAUGUUUGUGUUCCAGGCUGAUGCACCAAACACCGGCUUGAUUCCAGAGAGUGAUGCUGUAGGAGUUACUGUCGUCCUUAUAACCUGCACCUACCGUGGACAGGAGUUCAUCCGCAUUGGUUACUAUGUCAACAAUGAAUACACGGACCCUGAACUACGGGAAAACCCACCCCUCAAACCAGACUACACUCAGCUCCUGAGGAAUAUUCUGGCCUCCAACCCCCGUGUCACUCGCUUCCAUAUCAACUGGGAGGGCUCGGCAGACAAAAUGGAGGACUGCGAGAAUGUCGACCCGUCCCCCAACAUCAGCGGAAUGCUUCCGCCAACCUGUUUGCCAGGAAAGAUGCCCCCUCUCGGCCUGAUGCCGGACAACUCCAUGGACUGCAUGUAAAAAUCCUCCGACUGAGAUGACGCACAAAGGGUUGUUCUCACGGUACGCACAUCCACAAUGCAAAGCCACGGAUGUAUCAAGAACGUUAUUUUUAUACAGCACACGCAAACGGGAUGAAUGUGGCUUUGUUGUAAACCAUUUUGCCUCCUGUGCGCUCUUUUCAACACACCCAGGCCAGCACAACCAGCUUUGCCUUAUUUUACUAUACAUGGUUUUAGACGAGUCCUGGCUGAGCCGUCCUCUUCAGCACUGAUGGGCAGUGCUCUGUGUGUAGCACUAGCUGUCUCUAAUAAAGCAUUUCAUCGUUGUGAGUGUUUGUCACAUAUUAAUGUGUAGCAUUUGGGAGUAGAAGCAACUGUGGACAUACAUCUUGGGUUUGAAACGUGCGUUGUGUUCAGGGGCCCUUUUGCAUGAACUAGCUUUGUUUACUGUUGGCUAGGGAGCGUAUGCUGAGUUCAGCCAUGUGUUUGUGAGGUAUAACUUUAGUUAUCCAGUAGGCUCUUAAGACCUGCCUCUUUAGACAGGCCACAGUUCAGUUAUUGUUACAAAUGGCACCUCAGAUUAAGGUCUAAUGGUGCAUAAAACAUGGCGGGAAAGGAGUUGAAAUAAAAAGGGAUUCUGGGUUGUAGUUAAGAAGGUUGAGGCUCCCUGUAAAUAACGUUUUCUCAGCGCUUAUAUUGUCUUCAAGAUGAGAAGGCCCAUUUUCUUUUUGUACUUGCUACACUCAGUAUUUGUAAAAAUGGGGGUUGUGACGGGCUUAAUAAACUUGUUUUGAGAAUGUA